GACCCCCUGCCGUGGGCCACCUGCCCCCUGAACACUAACCGCACCGGCUACGAGGAGGAGUGCGAGAAGACAUCGUCCACCCAGUACUUCUGGUACCGGCAGACCCUGAACAUCUCGCCCUCGCUGGAGGCCAGCGGCAGCGUGCAGUGGGAGCAGGCGCUCUGCCUGACGCUGGCCUGGCUGGUGGUCUACCUCUGCAUCCUCCGUGGCACCGAGUCCACCGGCAAGGUGGUCUACGUAACAGCCUCUUUGCCAUACUGUGUUCUCAUCAUAUACCUCAUCAGAGGAUUAACACUUCAUGGAGCUGUGAACGGGCUCGUCUACAUGUUCACACCAAAGCUGGAGCAGCUGUCGAACCCCAAGACAUGGAUCAGCGCUGCCACGCAGAUCUUCUUCUCCCUGGGCCUGGGCUUUGGCAGCCUCAUUGCAUUCGCCAGCUACAACGAGCCCAGCAACAACUGCGAGAGGCACGCCAUCAUCGUCUCGCUGAUCAACAGCACCACGUCCAUAUUUGCCAGCAUCGUGACUUUCUCCAUCUACGGCUUCAAGGCGACGUUUAACUACGAAAGCUGUGUAAACAAGGUGAUCCUGCUGCUGCUGAACGCUUUUGACCUGGAGGAAGGCUCUUUAACAGCAGACAACCUGAACGAGAUGAAAGACUACCUCAUGGCCACCCACCCGCAGGAAUAUGCGCGAUUAUUGCCACAGCUUAAAAACUGCAGCUUGGAAGCUGAACUAGAUACGGCUGUCCAGGGGACAGGACUGGCAUUUAUAGUCUAUUCUGAAGCCAUCAAAAACAUGGAGGUGCCCCAGCUGUACUCCGUGCUCUACUUUGUCAUGCUGCUGAUGCUGGGCAUCGGCAGCAUGCUGGGAAACACCGCCGCUAUCCUCACACCGCUGACCGACAGCAGGGUCAUUGCUGCCCGUUUCCCCAAGGAGGUGAUCUCAGGUGUUGUGUGUUUCAUUAACUGCGUGAUUGGCCUAAUCUUCACCAUGGAGGCUGGAAAUUAUUGGUUUGACAUAUUCAACGACUACGCAGCCACCCUCUCGCUGCUGCUCAUCGUGCUGGUGGAAACCAUUGCUGUGUGUUACAUCUACGGGAUAAGAAGAUUUGAGAAAGAUCUUCACACCAUGAUUGGACACAAGCCAAACUGGUAUUGGAAAAUUAUGUGGGCUUUCGUUAGUCCUUUGCUAAUUAUAAGCCUAUUUAUAUUUUACCUCACCGACUAUAUCCUCACAGGAACGCUGCAAUACCAAGCAUGGGAUGCCACACAGGGGCAGCUGGUGACAAAGGACUACCCCGGCUACGCCCUAGCAGUGAUUGGGCUGCUGGUGGCGGCAUCCACCAUGUGCAUACCCCUGGGGGCACUAGUAACUUUUAUAAGGAAGAGACUGAAGAGGGAAAGCGUUUCAACCGUUGCGUGA